AUUCUGGGAAGCUUGUGAUUCAGUGGAAACAAAAAGUGCUAUGUGCAUUCAUGCCCCUACCAGCUUACUUAUGGGGCGAAGUGUCCAGGACCCAGGCCCAUGGGUCGCUGAUCUCUGUUCUUUCUCUCUUAUUUCCUUUUCCUUCUGAUCCUUUUGUUGGUUCUGAAGAUGUCGGACCCUGUCGUUGAAGGUUGGACGCUGUAUGCGGUCGGCGUCGCUUCGACGAUCCUCAGAUUUUAUGCUCGCAUGAGAGUGGAUGGUUGGAGGAGUCUACAGGCGGAAGACUAUCUUAUGGCCGUAUCGAUUGCCUUUUACACCAUCCAGACAACUCUUGCAUAUAACGUCGGGAUCCUUGCCCAUGGUCUCGCAAAUAACGGGAUAACAGAUGCUCAGCGGGCGGCAUUAUCACCUGGUGAUCCAGAAUAUGACUUCAGGAUAAUUGGCUCCAAGAUCCAGGUUGCCGGCUGGACCAUAUACUCCGCUCUUAUUUGGUCCCUGAAGUUGUCCAUGCUGUACUUCUACACUCGUCUGACGACGGGACUUGGCCGGCCUUAUCGCAUUCGGAUAUACGUGGGUUUCGGCCUUGUCAUCGGUACUUUCAUUGCGACUAUUAUAGCCAUAUUUGCUGGCUGCCAGCCUUUCCACAAGUACUGGCAGAUCAACCCAGAUCCUGGCAACUCGUGUCAACCAGCCAUCUCGAAACCAAUUGUUUGGGUCUCAUUUGCAGCCAACAUCUCAACCGACAUCUAUCUUAUCGCAAUACCCCUACCUAUGCUUUGGGGAUCGAGCCUGAAAAUGAUCAAGAAGAUCGCCUCGACGAUUGUACUUGGAGCCGGUAUCUUUGUUCUUGUCUGCGCAACCUUGAAGAGUGUUUUCGUCCUAGUGGAUCCCGUUCAUGGAGCCGAGCUUGCUGGAAGCUGGGGCACUCGCGAAGCCUUUGUCGCCGUAAUGACAACCAACCUACCGAUCCUCUUUCCGCUCUUCAGGGUCUGGCUCACGCCAAUCUUCGGAAGUGUAUUACGCUCCUCUCAUAAAACAUCCUAUAAAUAUCCUUCCGGAUUUCAGACAAUCGGUGGAGGAGGACGAAGCGGCAAAAGCAACGACCCGAGCCGACGAGGACCUCCGACCGCAAACCCUAUAUCAGCGAACAUGUCAUUCAAUAAUAGCGAAGAAAGGAUCGUCAAGGCAGAAGCCCACCGCAUGAAUGACUUGACGGACUAUAGCGCGCCCAAAGGGAUUAUAGUUUCGAAUGUGGUCGAAGUAAUUCAUGAAGACAAGAAGGGCGACAGUAGUAGGAGCAGAGAAGGUUCUGAAAGGUCGUGGUAGAAACGAGCUCAAUACCUAUGAGCAGAAAUGACAAUAAUAUACAGUAUACCAAAAAGGCUUUAUACUAUCAGGGCCAUGAGACAUGACCGAGGGAGGCAAGAAAACUCAGGACCUUGACCCUAAGCGAUGAAAACAUUUAGGUCACAUUUGAUAGCGUUGUUUCUUGUUUUUAUCAGCAAUACUGGGCUUCUUGAAUUGUUUACCAAUCAUAAGAUCACUGCAACAGAUGGUUUAUACCGAGUUCUACCAAGCUGCAACCACAUUGGAGCCAUGUGAUGUGACAAAACCUUGUAGCAACCUGGCCUUGAUGUCGUGGCUGCACGGUGGAGUGUCUUCAGAGGUCAAUCGCGUCUUAACACUCCUUAUCCCACGAGCGCCAUGCGCCUUCAACUUUAAAGUUACCAGCGGGUUCCAACUCCUCAAUGUACUUGUAGUAGAGAAGACAAGUACCAGGGCUUCCGUCAUCAUGGGCGUAAGAACGACAUGGCGUACCGUCUCCAAUGGCGGCGCAUCCGGCCUUGCAAGCGGCCAAAUCGGUCUUCAGACGCCGAGAGAAAUGGUCCAGGACCAUUCUUUCCCAAGAUACCACACUGAGCGCAGCUCGGGUGUGAAGAUCCCGAGCCUGCUGCAGCGGCGGUAGCCUUGCACUCGGCCAGCUCAGACUCGAGCGCGGCCUCUCGUGCAAGGCAAGCUUCCUUGGCCUCUGCAUCGGUUUCGGCAAAAGGAUCAGGCUCAACGAAGGGGUCGUCGAUCUCAACCUUGGCCAUGUAGAUGAAGUCUGAUCUGGUGCGAUCUUCUCCAUCGGGCUUGGAGACGAUGCAUUUCUUGGAGGGAGGGUGGAAUGAGCAGACCUCGACGCCAGCAACCUGUCAGAGGGCAGCACAGGCUUUGGCGGAGGCGAUCCCCUCUCGAGUGGUGCCCGUGCGAAACUUGUUGCACUUGUGCUCUACGAUGUAGUCUGGGAUGAUUGUCUCGCGGUGACCUUCAACGCAGUCAGCGAUGACAUGACAAGCACCAAAAAGUGCGGCCAGGCUAUAGAUGACAGAGACUUUCAUACUGGUGGUUGGGUAAUAAGCAAGUGUAAGAAUUGGUAAUGGGGUAAACUCGGAGAGAUAACUAGAUCCAGUGAUUGGGGUGCUUGUGAGUUAAUGAGGAAAAUGGAACGACUAAUGCCGGAGAGUCGAGAUACUUAUACCUGGUUUCCCCCCUCAUCGCUGCCCUUCGUUUUCUCUUGAACCUAUCGCUAUGAGAUACAGAUAUGCGUUACUUCAAUCUUACUAUGAGCUCAAUAUGAGCCCCCCAAUCUGCACCUUGAUUCAACGAGGCAUGAGCU